GGCGACUAAUCAUUUUACAGUGUUAAUUCUAUGGCUAAAGUUAUUUUAGAAUUAUUUUUCGCGUGAAAUUUUCCAUUAUUUCGAAAUUUAUCGUUAAAUUAUCAUUUUAACUGUGUUGUGAUUUUAUAAUAUAUAUUUGUAAAUUUUGUUUGACGUACCUGCUUAUAUUUUAACUUUUUUAUAUUAAAAGUUAGUCUUUCGGCCACGUGUUGUAUAAGAUUGUUAUAGAAUUUUUUUUUGGUGUAAUUGUCGACAUGGCCAAAGCUAAGAAACUUCAAAAGGGACGUACCAGUCCUACACAGGGCUCGAUGACGGGUGGUUUUGGUUUGAAAGCAAGAAAGAGGCAGCAAAAACCCAGAGUUAAGAGGGUAUCAUGGAGAGAUGAACAAGUGGAAGGAAUGAGUCUUUCUGACGUGCCGACUGAAGAAUUUACCGACCCCGCCAUAUUGGUUAUACGAGAAAACGUUAAAAUUUCUUAUUCCAAGGAUGAACUUCUGAAGUUGCGCGAGGCUCCGCUCUCUAAGAAAAAACCUGAUUUUAUCGACACUUCUGAAGUUUGUUCCUCGAUUUGGGAUCCAGAAAAAUGGGGCUUUGACCGUAAAGCGUCCGAAAAUCCUGCCGAAAACGGACCCCGAACCGGUACGGAAGGCCCGUCCGACCAAAGGCGACGACCGGGCGAUCCGAGGGUACGUUUGCGUAAAGAAAAUGACGGCAUCGUCUUGUCUCCGCAAAGGCGCAGCUUCAAAUCCGGCUGUUUCGUAUUGGUCAGAGGAGAGGCGCCCGCCCCCCGCAAUAAUCGCGCUCAUAGCCCUCUCGGCGCCAAAAAUGAAAAUUCCCAUAUGGGAAUCAGGGAGAUACAGCCCAACACCAGGCGAAUUGGAAGCGGAAGGAUUCUUCGCGAUUCCUGGGACCUCAAUGACAAGCUUGAUUCCGGAGACAACGAGUACAGCUACCGAGGUCAACAACGCAACAAUAACAACGAUCGCGAAGAAAAGUUUGGCGGCGGGAGCGAAAAAUACGAGAGGAGGAGCUUCGGCAGAGAUUUCGAAAUGUCGAGAGACAGGGAGAAUAACAACAAGGACACGAGACGGUCUAAAUACGAAAGAAGAAGGAUCUCAGAAAUGGAGGAGCCAGAAUGGUUUUCAGGCGGUCCACUUUCCCAAAAUGACACCAUUGAAUUGCGAGGUUUCGAUGACGACAAGCCUAGUAGAAAGAAACUAAGUCCGAUCAAUGGAAAGCCUACCAAAGACGUGAAGAAAAAAGGCGAAGGAAAUCAACAGCAACACACCAACAACAGUGAGAAAAGAGAACACGAACCGGUGCUGGCCGAAGGAGCCCCGCAGGUCGGGGACAAGAAUGGAGGCGAUAGGAAACCCGAGAAUCUCGCAAAGGACGAGCCGAAGGACAAUAAUGUUGAUACAGAAAAGACUGAAAAAGAGAGUAAACUCAAUGAAUUAGUAAAUGAUCAUUCAUUUAAUUUUGACGACAUCCUGAAGUGUGAUACUAUUCCUGGAUUAUUAUCGAAUGGCGUUGGAGGCGAUGGAGACAACACAAAAUCGCGUUUUAGCCGCUGGUUCAAGCAGGAGAGUCCUGAAAAGCAAGAGAGCCGCCGUUCGUCCUUGCACGACGACCACCACCAUAUCAUCAAAAAUCUCCUGAAAGAUAUAGGCGAAACCAGCGUUCAAAUACCGGGAGAUUCGGAAGCGUAUUUCGCGCCUAUUUCUCCAGCUGCCAAUACGGGAGGCAUCAUUGGCGGCAAACGAGACUUCCAACAACCCCCUUCGCAAUCGAUAAACAUUAUAGAAAUGUUGCAGAGGGGCAAGCAGCAAGGCGGCGAAUCUAUGAAGCAGUCCCUGCCCGGAAAAAUACUGAGUUUGGACGAACUUGAGGCUAAAAUUAGACACAACGUUGAAACUUCUACCGGGAUGAAUCAGAAACAUCAACAAAAGCCAGACGAAGACAUGACUGUGGCUUUCAAAAAAUUGCUGGAACAGGCACAAACCGGAGGUCAUCCUGCAUCAAUUAAUGCUUCUUUAAAUAAAAAUCAACCUAUGAGUUUACUGGAAAUGCUAAACCAUUCCCAACAACAAGACGAAGCUGCCAGGAUGACGGGAUCAAAUCCCCACGUCCACCACCAGCAACACGCAACGAACGAUCUCACCAUGAAACUGCAACAAGCUCAGCUGCAGCAACAGCAAAAGCAGCAAAUGGAUAUGCUCAACAAAUUGAUAAAUGCUACGUCUUCUGUUCAUACUCAACAGUUGAGAGCUUCUCCUCUGCACGAUCUGGUCAUGCAACAAAGCAGAGAUUUACUGAACCGUCCCGAAGCCCAGGCCAUUCUCCAAGGUUUGAAACGGGGUGAAAUCACUACCCAACACCUCUAUCAGCAAUUGGCCAAUCCGGCCUUACAACCGCGACACAGGGAAAUGUUGAUGACCAUCUUGAAAGUUAACGGAGGCGGCAGUUUUGGUCCGAGCCCGCGGGUGCUUAGCCCAGUGCCCCCGCACCACAUGUUUCAACAACAACAGCAGCAGCAACAACAACAACAACAAUUACGGGUGUCACCUCUACCGCCGAACGCGUAUUGUGUGUCUCCAAUAUUGGCAACUAGUCCAAAUACACUGACAGUACCUGCCAUGCACCAGAGAAUUCCUUCGCCUAGAGAACUUCAAGUCCACACUCAGGGAAUUUUGCAGAGGGCUUUGAUAAAGAAGAAGCUUGAAGAACAGCAAGAAAACUACCGUAAAAAGCAAGAGAUGCAGCGAGGUCAAAGUCCAAAUAACGGCGGUAAUCAAGGCCUAACGAAGAACUUAACUUCACCCACUCCUUUGACGUUUACUCCGACUUCAGUAUUGAGAAAAAUGACUGCAGAUAAAGAUGAAGGUAAAGAAAAUAAGGGACUUGAUGGUAAAGUUCCACCAGGCAGACCUUUGACUGGAAUGAGAGCUCAGCAUCCCCCACCUCAAGUUCAACAAUGGAAUCCCAGCGGACAAUAUAAUAUAUCCAACAAGCAUCCAGGUCGUCCUAUUGUCAAGGCGAAUAACAAUUUCCCAGUCCAAGAGCAAUUCUUUGGACAGCAGCCAUCACAACAGCAGCAACCUCAACAACAUUCUUCACAACAACAGAGAGCGCAGCAACAACAGUUAGCAUUCCAGCAACAGCAGCAACGUAAGCCUAUGAGCCAGCAAGUAAUGGGUUCUCAAUUCACUUCCGGCCAAGGUGUUCCUCAAUCUCAGUACAAUCCUCAACAAUACUCGACUAAUCAACAGUUUACCCAACAGCAAUUGAGAGCGCAGCAUCAGCACAGGCCGGCCAACCAACAGCCAAGCGUUCAGCAGCCGCAACAGCAACCGCAGCCAAUUUCCUUCCAGCAACCACAGAACAGUCAGCAACAGCACUUGGGGGGAGGAGGGACUUGGCAACAGUUCUUCAGUAACGCACAACAAGCAGGUAGCAGAAAUUCCAAGGCAAGCCUGGAUGUCGAUGGGGGUCGCCUAACAACAAACGCGCCCACUUCCGCCGCCGCAACCGUCAAUCAGUUGGCCCGUUGGUUCUCCCCCGACUUACUGGAACGCGCCAGAGGUGGCGAACUGCCAAGCACUGCCGGUCUCUCGCAGCACGUUCUCAGCCUUGAGGAGAUCGAACGGCAAACGGCGCCCCCCGUCCACAACUAAGUACUUUUUUUGCAAUUCUUUCGCUCGUAUUUGAAAGAUGUUGAAGAGGGGCGUCGGGAUGGGGAACGGAACGGUAAAAUCUGAGCCAACGACUUGUUAAUUUUAGUAAAAAAAUUGAAUGUUUAAAAAAUAUUUAAUCACCUUAGGAGAUCGUUUUGUCAAUUUGUCCUGAAAAACCAACAUUAAGGAAAUCGUUCGAAAUUCCUCACCCAACAAAACAAAUUACAAAAUAAAAAAAAAAUCAUUGUAACAUUUUGUAAAUAAGCAAAAGGAGUUACAUAUACAUUGUGAUAGAGUUAUGAAAAGUUAAUGAAUUUAUUUAAAAAAAAAACAUUUGUUCAUUUUAAUCGGAAUCUGACAUACAACAUCUGUGUAUAUCCUCAGUCUUUGUAAAGAAAACUUGGUUGUUACAUUACUAAAAUAAAUUAUGCUUGUCGACUGAACGAAAAUAGGGUUAUUGGGUAAAAGAAAAUUGAGUUUUAUUUUUUAGAAUGUGAAUUUUAUUUUUUGUUUUGGUGUGAUAGAAAAGUUUUUGUUUCGUUUUGGUGUUUUAGUAGAGUAAUGGCAACCACUUUCAAUAAAAUUAAACAACCUUAAAAACCAUUUAUUAUUUAUGAAUAUAUCAUAAUACAGCAAUCCUAGAAUUCUUUUAUCUUCUAACAUUCAAGAACUGAUAUUUUUGUGUUCUCUCUUUUUUUAAAGUAAAUUUAAACUUUCUUCGCAAUUAAAGCUCUUUUUAGAUAACGAGAUCAAACGAAAAAUAAGUCAAUUGCAAGAGAACUUUUCUUCGCGAAGAAAUUCAAAAACAUUCCUAAUAUUCUUACGUAAUCAAUGAUUUUUUGCACAAAAUCAAAGGUCAGGUUAGAAGCAACUUUCAAAAAUUCCAAAAGGUACCUUAAUGCGUUGUUAUUAAGCUCAAAUUUAUGUAGGAACCAUUUUAUAUUCUAGAAGAUGUGUAAAAAGUUCCAUUUUUUGUUUUUUAAUUGUAUUAAGAUUUGUGAAACUACAUUUUUUGUGAUUAACUAUACAUACAAAGCACUACCCAAAUAAUAUUUAUACACAAAAUUAGACUCCAGUUUGAGUACAUUUUAAUUUUGUUUGAAGUACAUGUUUGUGAAAGUGUCGCUCCGGUUCUUGUUACAUUUCGUUGCUUUAUCGCAAUAUUCUACCAGUUUGGGGCUACAAAAUUAUUUAAAAAUACAGUAUUAUCUUGUGAACUGGAGCAAGUUUUUUUUUUAAUUGUGUAGUUCUUUAACAUUGUUUCUUAGGGAAUGCUUUAUAGUUUUUUUUUACAUAUUUUCUUACUAAUAAAGAUGGUGAGAAGUUACCAAUGUGACGGAAAGGAAAUUGUAAAAUUUACAAACUCUGUGAGAUAUAAAAAUAUUUUGUUUACUUUCGUGUCACAUACUGGAAUACAGAAAUUUAGACAUUUCUAUAGGUGCCCUUAUUUUUAACUUUUCUAAUUUGAGAAAGUUUCGUACUAUUACAAAAAUAAACUAUAUUAGUUUUAAUAAAUGGUUUUAGGCCAUGUGCCAUUUCGUUCAGUUCUACAGGUCUGUUUUCCAAUGGUUUUUACAAUAAUUCAUUUUCCUGAAUUUAUUUGAGCUUAAUAAGUAAAGAGAUUUGUAUUUAUAACAUUGUAUUCUGAUAACAUGCAUCAGUAAAUUAAAAUAAUUGUGUUAUAUUUAUAAAAUGAAUCUUGACUAGGUUAGUAAACCUUUAAAUAAUUGUUAAAUAUAUUUUGAAUUAAUUCCACAUACUUGUCAGGUUACAAGAAAUAUACAAAUUGUUCUCCAAUAUAUUGACUUGAAACGCAAUAAAUGAUGGUUAACCAAGCAUGUACUUAAAUUUAUUUGUUCCAGAACUUUUUUUGUAAUAUUUGUUAGUUGUUACAUUUCUGGCUGAAGGAGUCCAUUAGACGAAAGUUUUGAAUAUCAAAUGCCAAAUAAACAUUGUUAAAUCUAGGUAUUUCUUUCUGUAAAAAAACUGUAUAAUGAGAUGAUUUUGUAAAUAUAAAGAUGUCGUGUUAACAUUGACAUAAUUUUUUUGUUUGAAAAAUAAUUAAAUGAGCAAGAACAAUAAGCACCAGUGUUUGAAUUAUACCUUUCUCCUCCCAUAACUCGCCAUUUUUUUUUUUUUUUUUUUUUCAAUAUAAUUAGGCAUUCCAAACAAAUUACCAGUGGGCAGGUUUGGUAUAUCUAAGGGUGGCGACAUAUGGUGUAUUCUAUCUACUUUACGUAAAAUCAUUAAUAAUGGAUUACAUUUAAAUAUUUUAUGUCAAACACAAUAAAAAUAAUAUUUAAAAAACCCACCUAUACAUUUCUUCAUAAAUUGGCAGGCUUGGCGAGUACUACUUCGAAUAAAAAUAGCGUCCAAGUUACAAGACAUACGCUACCCCCUUAAAUAUACAAGAAUUUCCCACUGGCACCUAUUGUUUGACAGGUCGUUGGAAUGAAUCUGUCAGACUAGUGGAUGCUAGGGUGCAUUUAGAAUGCCACGCCGCACAAAGUGAAAGAUUG